GCUGAUACGACAUGUGUUCCAGUGCUGUGACUUCAUUGGUUCCACUUGCUGAUGAGUAGAUGUUCUGGAUUUCAACCGGACUCACUAUGAACACGCGAUUGGAGAACUCCAGGGGAAUAUGGAUUUGUACAAUGAUAGGAGCUCUGAUAUGCUCAGUGUCUCUGGUGUGGAUGACAUUCCUUAGGUACUACCAGGCACCGCUCGUCACGACCCAGAUCCCGGAAGGUGUGUCCGUGAGCAAGAUAAUAUUUCCAGCCGUCGGAAUCUGUACUAACAACAGAAUUAGUAAGCGAGCCGUUCACGAUCUCGCAAAUCAAUUGUUAAAGGAAAGAAGAAAUAAAAUAUACAACAUGGAGCAAAUGGUUUCUCUUCUGUCUGGUCUUGGGUUGUUAUACAAUAUGCCGUCCACCAAGAACAAUGACAGCCAGGCGAUGGAGCUGCACAGAGCGCUCGGAAAAUAUGAUGUCAAGGAACUUUUGAGAAAUCUGACCCCAAGAUGUGACGAUCUUCUAUUAAUAUGUGCGUGGAAUGAUGAGCUCAAAAACUGUUCAGAGUUAUUUGAUUUCCGCUUAACAAUGAGCGGUUACUGCUGUACGUUCAACUACCUUCGACAGUCAGAUACAUUCGAGGACGGUGACGGCGGUGCCCGCAGUACUGACAUGUACAAAUAUGGCAACAAAUCCAGCUACGACUUCGAUCAAGGACUGCGAGUGUUAAUAAGACUGGAUGACACUGAUGACUUCUUCUAUAACAUGCCAUUGGAAGGCGCGCAGUUGCAAUUCUCUGACGCCUACGAUUUUCCGGAUGCACCGAGCGGAAGCUUUGCUAUGCAAAUAAUAAGUCCUGGAGUUCAGAUGACUGUAUUGGUGUCGGCCAGUUUUACAGAGGCUUCACGCGAUAUCGAACACGUAGCUGUCAAACUUCGCCAAUGUUUGUUUUACGAUGAAUCACCUUAUUUGCCUUUCUACACACACAGCGACUGUUUACUCAAGUGUCGAAUGUCCUUCUUGAUGGAUAAAUGCAAUUGCACUCCAUUCAACAUGCCAAAAAUGUUGAAUAGUACAACAUGCGACAUGCGGGACCUCCCAUGCUUACGAAGAUUUCAAGCGCAAUCCACAUCACUUCGUCCAGACAUCGAGGCUGUUCCGUCAGAACUGGAGCUGGAAAUGGUUUCAGGAGGUAUCCACUGCCCUAUGUGCUAUCCAACCUGUUCGAAGACUGCAUACAGCUACGACUUCACGAACGUUCAAAUUUACCCGGACUACUUGAAUGCCGUCCCUGAUGAGGAUAGAUUGGACUGGUUACAAGGAGCAAACUUUACCGGAACAUCUAUUGUGCACGUCAAAUACGGCAGAGAGGUGGCGGAUUGCUACGGGCAGAAUGUUAUUAUGAAAUGGUUUGAUUUAAUAAGUAACAUCGGAUCAACGUGCGGUUUCGUCACAGGAUUCAGCUUCGUGUCUGUGUUGGAAUUUAUUUAUUUCUACACGGUCAAACUACUUCGAGGUUAUAUCGUCCGGCGCCGGCGAGAAAGGCGGGUCGCCAGUGGAGCAUCAACUCCUGCGCGUCUCAAACACAUUCGUCGCUACCGACCAAUUUAUUGGAAUGAAAUUGUUGGGUCGACUAACUUAAGAAUAAAUACCCCGGAUUAAAA